ACAGCCACUGUCACCACCGUCAGCUCCCGGCAAAACGGCUCGGGGGCAGCUGGCGCGCGUCGUCGUAACGUUUUGUUUACUCGAACGCACUUCUGGCGGUCGCUCGGCAACCGGGACCAUGGUGCGAUUCGUACGCGGAGCACCCCCGCCGCGGUAACGGGCGCAGUGCACGUCCAAAAUCCGUAAAACGAUAAUAACAGGUCGCGCGUCGACGGUUGUUCGUUUGUUUUCACUGCGUUUCCGAAACGUAUUCCUCGAAAACAAUAAUAUUGUAACACGUUCAACGUCGUUUUUUUAUUUUUUUUCUUAAAAAAAAAAAAAAAACAUUUUAUUCGCGCGCGAACGUGCUGCAAUGACCGCGGCGGUAUUGACGUUGCGGUCGCGUCGUAAUGGCUGAGCUUUUUGUCAUCGGACAGCUGUGCAGCGCCGAGCAGUUCCCGUCCAAGAGUCUGUUUUGCAAAUGGAGCGUACACGCCGGCACUAAUUGGAAAAUUAUAUCCGGCAAUAAAGAAGGGCAGACCCAAGUGGAUUCGCCGUCAUAUGAUAACUGUACCUGGUGGUGUCAUCCGAUCGACAUUCAUUUCGCUUCCAAAGGAAUUCAAGGCUGGCCAAAGUUUCACGUACAAGUGUACCACUACGAUAGUUACGGACGCAGUGAAAUUUACGGCUACGGGUUUUGUUACGUACCGACUACACCGGGAACGCAUACAGUAGAUUGUCACACUUGGCGGCCGAUCGGUAAUCUCAGGGACGAGUUUCGUAGGUUCUUCCUGGGUGGUGGCGCUCAGCUGAAAACGCCAGAUUUCGUGUAUUGCGGCACGGACCGGUACCGGUUGCACACGGAAUCUCUGGGCACGGUACGCUUCCGGUUGAACGUGAUCGCCCGGAACUUCCGCAGGUACGGAGUAGAACUCUGACGGCGAACC